GCUGUCUGCUGAAGAACCGGGCGGGAUUUCCGCAAUACAUCCAGUAUGGCGAAGACUUACGAUUAUUUGUUUAAACUGCUGUUAAUCGGGGAUUCCGGCGUCGGGAAGACCUGUGUGUUGUUUAGAUUCUCUGAGGAUGCCUUUAACUCAACUUUUAUUUCGACGAUAGGUAUCGAUUUCAAGAUCAGAACAAUAGAACUAGAUGGCAAGAAGAUCAAGUUACAGAUAUGGGACACAGCGGGUCAGGAACGGUUCAGAACAAUCACAACAGCGUAUUACAGAGGUGCAAUGGGUAUCAUGCUGGUUUAUGAUAUAACCAAUGAAAAAUCCUUUGAAAACAUCAAAAACUGGAUUCGAAACAUAGAGGAGCAUGCAUCAGCGGAUGUGGAGAAAAUGAUUUUGGGGAACAAAUGUGACAUCAAUGAGAAGAGGCAGGUCUCUAAAGACAGAGGAGAGAAGCUGGCGUUAGAAUACGGAAUCAAGUUCAUGGAGACGAGCGCCAAGGCUAACAUCAACGUUGAGAACGCAUUCCUAACUCUCGCCAGAGAUAUUAAAGCAAAGAUGGACACGAAAUUGGAGGGUAACAAUCCUCAGGGUAGCAACCACGGAGUCAAAAUCACCACUGAACAGCAGAAAAAGAGCAGCUUCUUUCGCUGUGUGCUACUGUGAAAGACCAUGGCCUUACUGUCCACCACCCCGAGGCUGGACGUGACUGGACAAUGCUCUCCCACAAUGCGCUCCUCCUCUUUCCUCUCUCUCUCUUUCUUGUUCACGCUCGGCUUCCAGGCCUCAAGCAGUUGGAGUUCCUGACUCUUCUUAUCUUCUUCCAUUGAAGCGAUGCCAUUUCUUCUUCCGUGAUGCCAUUGCGGCGGACUGCGUUGGUUUUCCUGUCCAGGUGAAGAUCUAAUGCGUCGUGUGAUUUGUUCAACCUCAAAUUGUGCGUGUUAAGGAAGAGUCCGUAUCCCCGUCUCUCUUUAUAAUGAUCCGAGCGCACAACUGCCAAAAUCCACCCUGUAAGCGGGGACGGCCACACAGCGUGACCUGAUCUUCCGAGAGAUACAUUAACGUCGUUUAUCAUUCCAUUUCACUCUUAACCCUCAUGCAUUUUUUGACGAUCACAUGACCUUAUUGUAAGGAUAGUAAUAUUACAACCCUCCUCUUAUGAUGAUGGACUGUUUUUUUAUGAUUUUUCUCCCAAUUUUAUAACCUGCAGCCCUUCUGAAAAAUUUGCAAUUAACAUGUAAAAAUAUCAGAAUUAAAUGAAAGAGAUUAUUUUAUUGGCUGGUUAGGAAACGGUAGUCAUCCUUAAGUGUGAAUAAAAGUCAGUCCGGUUUUCUCCGACACAUCAUGACAUUUUAAAACCAAACUAUUAUAAACAAGUGAAGAACCUGAUAUUUUCCAUCAAAACGUGAUAUUUUUUGUGUUUAACUUCUUCUUUUUCGUAAACGUGCACAAGAAGCUAUUUCCAAAUAGUUUGCUCUUUUAUGCAGUAGCCCUAGCUUCCGAAAACUCAUAAAUCCAAAACUCAGGACAUCUUCCCAAAAUGAAAGGGUUCUGAUGCAUUUAAACACUUAAAUUCAGUUGAGUAUCAUUAAAUGAAACUGACACUUCGGCCCUUCAACGAUGUGGAAUUCCUGACUAGUAGUAUUAAGAAGUUUGUUAAACCAAAGCGCAAGCUAUACUUGAGCUGUACUCCUUCCAUGUGGAAUUCCAUGCACUUUAUCAGUAUCUUCUGUGUUGUGUGUAGUUCGUGCCAAGUGAUAGUUUAUCAUCAAGGAAACACGUGCUUCCAUGGAGUUAGUCUUAAAAUGUAAGAAAAGUGAUGAAUACAUUCCCCCAUAUCUUCAUCUACGGAGAGAAUAUUUCCUCCAGGGCCUUGAAUUGCGUUUGGUUUAGUAAAGAGUACGCCAUACUUGUUGAUUUGGCUGCUAAUGAUGCAGUGGGAACGAAUCAUUCAGUUAUGUUCUCGGAUGAUUUGUUUAUUUUUUGGUAACACUUAACAGUAAGUUUUAUUUAACACGUGUGAACUCUGUUAGUAACCAUGAACUCACAAGGAAUAAAAUCCAAACUUGUGUCUGUUAACGUAUAUGAGGUAACAUCAGUGAUGAACUAACAGAGAUCAUAAAUGCUGUGACAUUGUUAGUUCAUGUUAUCUAACACAUUCAUUAUGUAAAUGAAUGAAACAAUACUGUAAAGUGUUAUCUGUGGUAUUAAUAGAUUGAACAGCAGUUUCUUAAGAUUUCGGGCAGUCAGUGAGUGGCACAAAUCAAAGACCAAAAACAUUUCUCUGCUCGCCAGCAGCCAUGUAUUUGCAUGGAUUUGGUCUGUAUGACCGGGUUUAUCCAAACCAGAAUAAAAUAAUUUAAAUAGGCAGAGGAGAUGUGGUCCCGUCUAAUGCGAUGCACAUUUUGUAGUUUUUUACCAUUUGGUGCAGUGAUGUAUAUAAGCAAUAGGUCACCAAACUUGAAAUCCCCACGAUCUUUGAGUGAAAGAACAAAAUCCUCCUGAAGGGUGAAUCGCUCUUGUUGAGAACAUGUCCGGGGUCAUAUCUAAUCCUCCAAAUUAUUUUGAUCAUUAUAAAGUACGCAGCAAAAUUUUCUGUUAUAUUGUAUUGCUUGCAAGUACAGUGACAAGAUUCACCAUUGAAAGACAACUGAAUGGUUCAAAAAGUUGCCACCCAGACAUGUUUUCAGAAGAUUCACAUAAAAACAGAAGCACAGUGUUUGACUUUUUUUCCAGAGAGGUAAAGAUGUUUUCCUCUUGCUGCAAUAUUUUCUGUUAUUAAAGAGACAGUUCACCCAAAAAUACAAAUUUCGCCAUCAUGUAUUCCCCCCUUGUGGACUGAGAUGAUGCUGAGUAAAUGAUGAAGGAAUUGUCAGUUUUUUGGUUGAACUCGGCUGCACUUCAAACAUCAGUCAACUUGAAACGACUUUGGUUUGCACUUCUUUAUUUUCCUUUCCAUGACAUGAUGCUUUGGGUUCAUCGAUGUCAUUUUUUCUCAUCUGAUGUAAUGCUUUACUCGUCCUGCCGUUUGUCUUAAUAACUAAAACUUAAGCUUUCGUUUCUGAUCUGCGCAUCAUGAAGGUGAUAUCCAUGACCUCCUGUAUGUAUCGUUUGUGUGUGUGUUCAUGUAUUGAUGUUCUGCACAUUGAAGCGUCUUUAUCGGCGGUUGGCAUCAUGUCUGUUUGUGUCAGUCUGAGGGUAAUGACGGGCCUCAAACGCAAUAAUUCAUUUGGCCUUUCAGAAUGAGAAAAUGCUCAAACAAGCGUAACGGAACGUUAGCAAACAGCUUUGCAGUUGUAUAGUGUUUAUCUGAGCAGUUUCAUAUCUGUUUAGUUUGUCUCUCUUCCUAGUAUUUACAGAUUUAAAAUCGCUGUCAUAUCAUUUACAGAGUCUUUUAUAUGACCAUGUUUUCAAUUGUGAGGUAACCGGGGAGAUCGGUAAAUUACAUUUUGGUAAUAAAAAAGAAACAAUUGUAAAUACUCUUACAAAAAAGAGAGAUCUACUUAAAUUGUACUGUACUUUCUAAAAAUUUUGAGAAACAGAUCUACAGUUUUUGUCUGUACUUUUGAUUUAUUAAAAUGAGAUUCUUUUAAGAGA